AUCUUUUCUUUUCUCUCUCUCUCUCUCUCCCCCCCUCCCCCUCUCCCUUUCUCUCUCUCCCUCUCUCCGUCUCUGUCGUACAAACGCACACGUACGCACACACUCUCACUUGAUCUGUCUUUCUCCGUCUAUCGGUGCGCGUUCGCUUUGCCAUUCGUUCAUUUGUUUCGCGCCUCGUCGGCGAAGUCGCGUCACGAAGCUGAGACGGGGGUCACGACCGUCACGUCAGCCGAGGCGCGCGUACACGUCCUGGAGAAUCCAGUGAAUAUAUCGACGGCUAGGUCCCUUCGCGUGCAGCUGGAAGACAAGUGCCGGUCGCGAUCCGAUCGGGAAGAGGACAGAGGUCAGAGAUGAUCGCGAGUGUCCGGUGACGAUACAUACACAUAAGUAGAGCAUCAAUAGUAUACUCGCAGAGUAUAUUUUCGAGAGUGUCGAAAUACUGCCGGAUACUGAUAUCGGGAAGAGUUUCGUUAACCUGAAGCAGCUGUUCGCGUAUCACGGCGGGAGCGGAACGAGGAAAGGCGAGCAGGACGAGGAAGAGAACUGUGUGCAGUGCAGACAUGUGGCUAAGAAGCGUGCUCCUAAUAUGCGGCGUCAUUGCGGGCACACUAGCGGGCAGUCCAUCGGAUGUCGUGCAGAUAUCAGAUGACAAUUUGACUCGAAAAAAUGUUGCAGCAACGACAUAUCAACCACCGCGGGCCAUCGCGAUUGAAGAAUUUGUGACAUCGCACAAAUUGCCGGAAAACGUAGCGAAACCAUUGGAUGACGAUGACGAUGACGAAUAUAUUGACGAAAAAAAAGUCGCGUUUAAAGACAAUAAACAAGUUAAGAAAGUCACUCAGAAAUUCGAGAAUGUCGAGAAAAAAGCGGCUACUCUUGAACCUGCCAGACGUUUGGAUUUGACCGAAGAGGAUGACUUGGAGAGUCUCACCGCUAAAAGACAAGCGCGAGUCGAGCUCGAGAAUUUUAGCGACACUGGCAAGGUUCUGCAGGAAGGCAGAAUAAAGAAAAUUGACUCUAAAAGGCCGCGGCCGACCGAACAGGAUGAAGUUAUUCCGGGAGUCUACGUCAGUGCGGAAUAUCCGACAACUAUGUUACCCAUCCUGACAACUCCACGUGAAGCACGUAGCAAAGACAGUCUCUUUGAUUUCGUUCCCGUAAACAUUAUACGAGAGGAUAGCAAAGAUGGCUAUGCGCGUUUUUCGGACGCGAAUUUCGGGGAUCUGGGUGACGUGAGUUUGGUACCGGCUGGUACAAAUUCUCGUAUUCAGGUGAAGAAAGGACCGAACGGGAAGGAUUACGAAUACGAGUAUGUGUAUUAUUACUACGAUGAGGAGGAUGAAAACAAAGCAGGUACCGCGGGUUCGCCUGUGACGAAUUCUUACGACAUUCCUUCCAGAACAACCUCGGCGCCCAGGAGAGUAGCCACCGCCAACAACAACAGAAGCAAGUACAGUACCGUGGAGAGGUCGAGCACCGUGGAGCCUAGCAAUAACGAGGUCAUUCCAAAUAGAAAUGGUAAUAGAGGCAGACAAUUGGUCGAAACUGAAGACAUUUCCGAUGAAAGACUACCGGCGAACACUCGUUUCCCACCGAGAUCGCGAUCGAAUCACAAUACAGGCACAACGGAACCUUCGCGAACUCGUAGUAACCGACCGCGACCGAGUCUCGAUCUGGUUGAUUCCAGCAGUUUCCGGACCCAUCAAGAGGGUCCUGAGUUUCCGCAAACCUUACCAAAAGGACCUGUUAGAUUCUUAGGUGUUACCCCCAAUGAGGACAACGAGGAGAAACUUUUGAGCAGAAACCGCGGAAGACCACAGAGAAUUCAAGAACCUGCUCCUGUCGAAGAAGUUGUCGAUGAUACACCGACUCCUAGAAGACGUCUGAGCACCACAGCAUCGGCUGAGGCCGGAGUAGAAUUGAGCAGAGGUCAGCCGAUACGUUUUAGCGCGGAGGACGAUGAUGAGGAGACUGCCGCACCGGAAAGAUCCGGCAACAAACGUGUAUCUUUGGAGAACAGGACACAAGAGUCCGGCGAGACGGAAGCUUCGCCGAUUUAUCCCAGCGUUACUGCUGACUCCACGGAUAAUCCAACAACCGAAUAUCCGUCUGUUAUGGACAAGGUUGCCCUGGAUCUUUACGCCUUCUUGCAGCAAGGACAGAGUAAUUUGAUAGACGCGUCCAGCAGUGAAGCCAACGAAACAGCCGGAGACAGCACAACGGUAUCCGACGAUGAGAUCACGACUGACUUGACAACAACGGCGGAUCUGGCCGAUUCUACGAUCGUUAAUGAGUCCACCAGCACGACGACGACGACGACAACGACGACCGAACCGACGACUACAACGACAACGACCACGGAACCACCGACCAGCACUACUCAAGUUCCUGUAGGAAGAGGGAAAUUCCGACGACCUGGAAUUGGCGGUCCAGCUAUCUCGAGAAAUCGGUUCAAGUCCAACGGUUCGGUCGGCAUUAGCACGACCGAAGCACCUUUAGAGUCGACCCAAAAAACCCGAGCACGUUUCGGCAGCAAUGGUUCGAACGGUGGUGGAUUCAAGCGACCUCGGCCGGGCGGCAAUCACAAGCCGAUCGAGGAGGAUACCGUGCAAAAGGAGACCGCUGGGUCGACGAAUGCGGAGAAACCGCCAGCCGGUCGCGGCAGAUUCCGCGCACCUACCGGCGGCAGAAUCCCCGUCUCCACAACAACGGCGCCGUCAAACGGUGCAACGGCAGCUGCACCGGCACGACCUACCUUCAAUAAGCUAAACAUCAAUCGGAGACGCGGACGACCGACCACAUCCACGUCGGGAGGCGAGGAACCCCAGGAGGGAGCGACGCAUUCCGAAAACGGUCAGAUCGUCGCCCAGACCGCGCCGGAAAGUGCAUCCCCCAAAUCCGCCGUUCGCACGAGACUUCCUGGCGCGCCCGCGAUCAGACCGGCCAUCAGACCGGGUGGCAAUAGGGUCAAUCUGAGGCAAAAACCGGGACAGACGACCACGACAACGCUCGCACCGGAAGCCCCUGAAGGGUCCGUCGAGGAACCAGCUGGAGAAGGAACCGAAGAGGAAACUCAUGAGGCACCAGCGGAGACCAGCCCGCCGGCCCGAUCCACCACAUCGAAUCCUCUGAACAAACUGCGCAACCGUAAUCGGCUGCAGGUGCAACCGAAGACCACGACAAAAUCGCCGUUGCCGCCGACGAUCAGAAGAUCGCCGCUGUUGCCGCGACGCAAGGUAACAGAGACCCCGGCUGUCCAAUCGAGCCAGGAGGAGACUGCCUCCGAGGAGGAGACCACCGCUAGCGAGACCGAACCGACCGAAGUGGUUUUAACCGAGACCAGCACGGCGGCCAGCACGAAGCACGAGGAGACGCGCGGUCUGAGCGGUCUCCUAGCGCCCCGACGCAGGAUACAGCCGCGACGUCCAGGUCAAAUAGUCGCCUGAAUAAAGGAGGACACCCCGACAUCUCGAACUCCGCGAAUCAAGCACUCGUCCGAGGAUCCGAAUGACGAUUCCCAACAAUUAAUCACGUCGCGAAGAUAGAAGAGUAUAAAUUAUCUCAUAUAAAUUAGGCGUUCCCUUAACUAAAUAAUAUAUCAAAUGCCAACCUCGGAGAUCUUUCCUUUUACUCAUAAUGUUUUUCCUCAUAUGUUUCUCUGACCGAUAAAACGGCAUCUCGCGUGUCACGACGAAAACGGCAGGUGUACAUAGUGUUUUUUUGCGAAAACAGCUUCUUUUGAAGAAUUUAAAUUUGUAAUAGUAUUUUAAUUGCCCUGACGAGAACGUGCGUCUAUCAUACGACAUAUAUAAUCCACAGAAAUUCAAUUUAAUAUUAAAAAUUAUUUAUUCUGAAUACUAAGAGCACUGUUGCUCAGUGCUUUUAGUACUUAAAAUAAGUAAUUAAUCAUUACCUUCCAAUAUUACAUUUCUGUAGAGAGUAAAUAUGUAAAAUAUCUGAAUUAGCGUUUUUCAAUCAAAAUCGAAAUAAUACUUCGUAAACUUAAUUUCGUAUUGUAUUUAUGUCAUUUUGAAUUAAUAUUAUAUAAUAUAUAUAAUAUAAUAAUGCAAUAUUAUAAAUAUCAAAUGUAUUUAAACAGAUCUAACGUAAUACAAAAUUGACAGGACGUACAAAUAUCUAUAGAAAUCUCGUAAAUAGAUAUUUAAUUAAAUAUUUUAAAGAUCUCUUUAAAUACAUUUGAUGUUUAUAACAUCUGCACAUAUUAAUUCAAAAUGACACAUAGUAAUAAAAUGUUCUACUCGCAUAUUAUAGAAUUAUAGAUAAACGUUGCGAUUAAUCUCGCGCAUACUAAAUAAAUAAAUAAAUAAACAAAUAA